UUCACUUCAUCAUCGAUCUCUAGACUUCUUUUCCCUACAAUAGUCAAAAGUUUUGCCACACUCUGCACCUCCACAUUAAUUUGAUCGAUCGAAAAUGGCUUCUCAUUUUCAUCUCUUUCUCACCUUCCUAAUUGUUGUAACUCUCUUUGUCACACCUUCCAUAUCUCUCACGUGCUCCUCUAGCAACAAUGCCCACUUCAUCAACUGUGCGGACCUUCCUUCCCUCAAAGCCUCCCUCCACUGGACCUAUGACACCACCAAAUCCACCCUCUCCAUCGCGUACAUCGCGUCUCCAGCCUCGCCGGAUGGGUGGAUCGCUUGGGGUAUCAACCCGACAAAGUUAGAUAUGAUAGGUACCCAAUCCCUUAGAGCAUUCCAAGCUCCAAACGGCUUCCUGUUCGUCAAGACCUAUAACCUUACUUCUAACAAUUACAUUACCGAGUCCAAGAUUUCGUACCAUGUUUUGGACUCCAAAGCAGAGUCCUCGAACGGGGUUAUGAAGAUCUUUGCCACAUUGGCGUUGCCCGAAAAGACAGUGAAGGAGAACCAUGUGUGGCAAGUGGGGACGGCGGUAAAAGAUGGAAUUCCAGUCGGACAUAAGUUGGAUCCCGAUAAUUUGAAAUCGAAAGCUACUCUAGAUUUGGUUACUUCUGCAAGUAUUAUGAGUGGACAGAGCGAAAAUAUAACUGGAGGGUCUGCAACAAUUAUGAAGAAUGGUACCAGUACGGUUUUCACCUUCUUGUUUGUAAUUGGAAUUCUGCUUUUGAAGUUUUAGAUGCUUUAUUUCAAGCUGUACAAUUUUUCGGUUUGGCCUUUGGGCAAUGCAAAUUCUCACUGUACGUGAAAGGAAAUCAAAGUAAGAGUUAAAGUGGGUGAUAACUUCCAUUUAAUUACUAAGUGGAGUACGAGUAGUAUAUUUUCCUUUCCGUGCAUUUUUAUUAGUAACACAAACUAACGGGAUAUUCAGGAGUGGUUAAAAAAAAAACAAA